ACCAGGUGUCGCUGCUGAGACCGCCUGUGCCCGGAAGUACUGACGCUGGAGGGAGCGCGAUGGUGAACCUCGGACUCUCCAGAGUGGACGACCAGCUGGCUGCAAAGCACCCAGGCUUACAAGGGUACGCAGCGUGCCAGUCGCAGGCGUUCAUGAAGGGGGUGGUCACCUUCAUCACAGGGACAGGUGCCGCACUGGUGCUCCAGAGUGUGUUCAAAAAACGCCUUCCGUAUCCCCUGCAGUGGAAUAUACUCCUGUCCGUGGUUGCAGGGUCGGUGGCCAGCUACGUAGUGACCAAGAGAGAAACGGAGAAGUGCACUGACCUGUGGAUCUACCUGGAGAAGGGGCAGAUAUCUCAGCUACAUCAAGCAGGACAACAGCAGAUAUCAGAUACCACAAAGCAGAACAAAUAUGGCGACACAAUCGAAUAAAUCCCCC